CCACACCCACACCCACACCCACACCCACACUCGUCACCUCACCACCAUACGUGUAUGUCAUCCUCCGCCAAUGGUGCAGGCGGACGGGUGAGCCAUGCCCAGCUGGUGGCGGCCGUGGACGCAGGCGACAUGGCCACACUCCGCUCGCUCCUUGCUGCUGUUGUCCGCUCGCCUGGCCAGCCCGGUGCCGGCCAUGAUGUCGACGAUGACAGUGCGGCUGGCUUGCUCCAUCCGCCGCCGCCGGAGCAGCAUCGUCGUGAGACUGCUGCUCGCACGUGGGCGCCGACGGUGAGAGAUGUGCUCGACGCGCCGCUGGAGGGUGGGCCGUGGCGAUACGAUCUCGGCAUGCUGACCGAAGGCACGUUGGUGCAUCUGGCGGUGCUGCGCCGGGCGCACGAGGUCAUGGAGGCGCUGUUGGCUGCCGGGGCGUCGCCAGAUGGUGGCGGUGUGGUCGGUCGGUGGAGCCAGGGCGUGCUUCGCCCGGGCCGCGCGCUUCGCGAUCGGCUGGUCAACGAGCAGAGCUUUAGUGGGACGCCGGCCGAGCUGGCGCGAAACCUCGGCGACACUGCAGCUGCCGACACGUUGCGUGAGGCCGCGCUGGAUGCGGCUGCCCGUGCCCGGGUUGGAAUGGGUGGCGCUGGCGCUGCCGCACGGGUUGUCGAGCUCGAGUCGACGGUCGCCGCUCUGCGCGCGUCGCAGGCCGCCGCCGCAGACUCGUACAAGGAGACGCUCAGAGCUUGGAUCGCAAAGGUCAAGGAGCUUGAGGACGCGCUCGAGGCCGAAAAGAGUGCCCGCGCCGAGGUCGAGGCCCAGUAUGCAGCGCAGAUGGACGAGGUCCGAGCACGCAUGGUCGCCGCCAAGGCCAAGCUCGCCGACCGCUACAAGGCCAAGGUUGCUGAGCUCGAGCUCAAGCUCGAGGCCCAUAAGGCCGCCGUCGACGCCACCAUCGACGACCGCGUCGUCGACGCCCGCGACAAGUACCACGACGACAAUGUUGCGCUCCGUGCCGCUGUCGAAGACGCUGCCAUCAAGGCCAGCGAUGACGCCGCAACCAUCGCCCGUCUCGAGGCCGCGCUCGAACGCGUCGGCGCGCUCGCAGGCAUGGACGAAAUCGAGGGCAUCCCUGUCCGCACCUCGCCCUCGGCCGGCCUUCCACUCCUCCCAGCCUAUCCGCACGAAGAGUCAACGCUCGAAGCCAUCCGCGGCAUCCGCCACGCUGCCGCCGUCGCUCUCGAGCAGGGUGCGCUCUCGGCCGAGUAUCUGCAGCGGCCGGCCGAAGCCCGCGCGCUCCGCCUCCGCAUCGAGCCGCUUGUCCCGCUCCUCGAGGCCAUGCUCCCGUUUCCGGUCCGACCCAUUACCGUCCAGAAAAUCCAUCGGACUGUCGCCGAGGUAGCAGACCUGCUGCAGCGCGCCCAGGCUAAGGCCCGCAAGGUCAAGGACGAGCACUUUGCCGUCGCAAACUCGAUGGUCGACGCCACCCUCGCCGCCGUUCUCGACGACCUUGCCUCGCUCCUCUCGUCUGCUGUUGUCGCCGGUGCCCAGGCCCGCCCUAACCCGCGCGCUGUCGCGGUUGCCACCGCUCUCGCUGCCAGUCCGCCGGCCGAACCAGACCGAGCACCCGAACAGCCCGACGAGUCUGUCCAAGCUCCCGAGCCGAAGCGCAAGCGCCGGUCCGGACGCCGCCGUGGCGGCCUCAUGGCCAAGCCGCCGUCAGAAUGAACAACUGCUCUUGCA